AUGACAAGCCAGGACAUGGUCUCUGACUCUCCCGCUGAGCUUCCCGCUUAUUAUGAGAUGGAACCACCGAGGAUGGUCAGUCGUCUCAACACCGUUGACCCCUGGGGUCCGGACGCGUAUGGGCCGUACGACGUAGUCGAGUAUGCCGACUUGUCCUCGCCCUCGUCCUCGUCCUCGUCGACCUCGAACCCGAUUUCCAAUUUGGAUUCCUGCACGCCUUCUCUUACGAGUUCCGGCGCUACGUCCAUACCGGAAGACGAUCCUCCUACACCUUCAAAAGAUUCAGAUAGCAAACUAUCGCGCCCGACCAGCUUUCUAGCAUUGAAAAACAAACUCGGCGUGCGCGCCAUGCGCAAGAGCUACUCGUCGCAUAUUCUAGCAACACGUGGAAAAUUAAAAGAUUCAAUAGCUGAGUACAAAUGGAAUGUGACUGGCUGGGUUGAUCAGAAGGUCUACUCCACGGAAGAUACCGUCCUUGACCUCGGCAGCCACUUGCGCGAUUAUGUCUCGACCAAGAUGGAUGCCUUCACUACUGGAUUGGAUGAUAAGAUCCUUUCGCUGGAUGAGCGGUUUUUUAUUCCAAGACAGGGCCGUAUGGCCAACUGUUCGGUCCAUAGUGAUGAGCACUGCGAGCACGGCAUGAAUGGUAAAGGCUCAAAGCCAUCAACGAGUGUCUCCAAGGUGCACUUUUACGAGAACUCACGCCUACCAGCUACCCUUCCUCAGUUCAAAAUUGAUCCUUUUGAAUACCCUCUUAUCCGCUUAGCAUCGCGAUACUCACACCAAGCCUAUAUGAGAAGUAAACUAGAAAAGCACACCUAUAUCCCCGCGAACUUCCGCCAGGGAACAAAAGCAAUGGUGAUCGGCUGCGUCGACGAUAAAGAAGUGAUUGUACUCGCGAUCCGAGGCACAGCGAGCUUCAAAGACUGGGCCGUGAACAUAAAUACGGAACCCGCAUCCCCCGAGGGCUUCCUCGACGACAUCACGAACUUCGUACACGGAGGCUUCCUUGGCGCCGCGAAGAAGAUGAUCCAGCCCAUCGCGGCGCAACUCCGCGCUCUAAUCGCAGAGAACGCAUUCCGACAAUCCUACUCCCUCGUGAUCACGGGCCACUCCGCCGGCGCCGCCGUUGCAGGCCUACUAUAUUGCCAUAUGCUCUCAACAAAAGUGAACUCCGAGCUAGCUUAUAUGGGCAGCUACUUUAAGCGCAUCCACUGUAUCACGUUUGGCGCACCACCGUCCUCCCAACGCCCACUCUAUCCUACACCAUCGCCCGAUAGCGAGGAGUCGCUAUUCUACGCCUUCAUUAACGAGGGAGACCCCGUGCCGCGCGCAGAUAAGGCGUACAUGCGCUCGCUGUUGAAUCUCUAUGCCUCUCCUGCGCCGAAUCGUUUCAAGAAGCCCCGCUCUACCACAUGGGAAGUUCCGCCGGCGCCGCUAUCGCUCGCAGGACAUUUGGUUGUUUUGCGGAAUACGCCGACCGAGCACGAACAUCCUCCUAUUAUGAGAAAAGGCGAGGUUGAGGCUUGUGUUACCUCUGAUGAUGUGGUUAGGAACGCUAUUUUUGGGAAUCCGGGGAUGCAUCUGAUGAUGCUGUAUUCGCAGCGCAUUGAUGCGCUUAAAAAGCAUGCUACGUGGUGA